CGAGCGGGCGCGGCCCUUCCCGCCGCCGGGGCGAGGCCGGAGCGGGAGCGGCCGGGGCGCGGCCCAUGGAGCGGCCGCGCCUGAGGCGGAGCCCGCGGAAGGAGCCGCUCGGCCCCGGCGCGGCCGGGAAGAGGCGGCGGGGCUGAGGGGGGGGGCCCCGUGUGGGGGUGGUGCCGGUGCCGGUGCCGGUGGUGGUGGUGGUGCCCGGGCUGCUCGGCACCAUGUCGGCCAAGGUGCGGCUGAAGCGCCUGGAGCAGCUGGUGCUGGACGGGCCGCAGCGCAACGACAGCGUGCUGAGCGUGGAGACCCUGCUCGACCUCCUGGUCGGCGUCUACGCCGAGUGCAGCCGCGACUCGCCGCUCCGCAGGGACCGAUACGUCUCCGACUUCCUCGAGUGGGCAAGACCAUUUACGAAGUUGGUAAAGGAGAUGCAACUUCAUCGCGAUGACUUUGAAAUUAUAAAAGUGAUUGGAAGAGGUGCAUUUGGUGAGGUUGCAGUUGUUAAAAUGAAGUGUACGGAGCGCAUUUAUGCCAUGAAAAUUCUCAAUAAAUGGGAAAUGCUUAAAAGGGCAGAGACAGCCUGUUUCCGAGAAGAGAGAAACGUCUUGGUGAAUGGAGAUUGUCAGUGGAUCACUACAUUGCACUAUGCCUUUCAAGAUGAGAACUAUUUGUAUCUAGUGAUGGACUACUAUGUUGGUGGUGACUUGCUGACGCUUCUCAGUAAGUUUGAAGACAAACUUCCUGAAGAUAUGGCAAGGUUCUACAUUGGUGAAAUGGUGCUUGCUAUACAUUCCAUACACGAGCUGCAUUAUGUACACAGGGACAUAAAGCCUGAUAAUGUUCUUUUGGACAUGAAUGGCCACAUACGACUGGCAGACUUUGGGUCCUGUCUGAAAAUGAGUGAAGAUGGCACGGUGCAGUCCUCAGUAGCAGUGGGUACACCUGACUACAUCUCCCCUGAGAUACUGCAAGCAAUGGAGGAUGGAAUGGGAAAAUACGGACCUGAAUGUGACUGGUGGUCACUGGGUGUCUGCAUGUAUGAAAUGCUUUAUGGUGAAACACCCUUUUAUGCGGAGUCCUUAGUGGAAACCUACGGGAAGAUUAUGAAUCAUGAAGAAAGAUUUCAGUUUCCAUCCCACGUUACAGAUGUAUCUGAAGAAGCAAAAGAUCUUAUUCAGCGGCUUAUCUGCAGCAGAGAACGUAGACUGGGACAGAAUGGAAUAGAGGAUUUUAAGUCUCAUGCAUUUUUUGAAGGACUUAAUUGGGACAACAUCCGAAACCUAGAAGCACCUUAUAUUCCAGAAGUUAGCAGUCCAUCUGACACCUCAAACUUUGAUGUAGAUGAUGAUGUUUUAAGAAAUCCAGAAGUGGUGCCACCAAGUUCUCAUACAGGCUUCUCUGGAUUGCAUUUACCAUUUGUUGGGUUUACGUACACAACCGAUAGCUCUUUAUCUGACAGAGGCACUUUAAAGAGUGCAAUGCAAUCUGACACUGUAUCCAAAGAUGUGGAUGUACAGCGUGACUUAAAGAACACUUCACAAAUAGAAGGUUAUGAAAAGAAAAUAAGGAAAUUAGAGCAAGAAAAGCAGGAUUUGAACCGAAAACUGCAAGAAUCUACGCAGACAAUGCAGAGCCUCCAAGGUCCAGUGUGUGUUACAGUAAAUACGAACCGUGAUAAGGAAAUAAAAAAAUUAAAUGAAGAAAUUGAACGGUUGAAGAACAAAUUAACAGAUAUAAGUAAACUGGAAGGGCAGCUUGCAGACGCAGUAGCUUUUCGACAAGAACACGAAGACUCUAUACAUAAGUUGAAAGGACUGGAAAAACAGUGCAGAGUACUGCGGCAAGAAAAGGAGGACCUUCAUAAGCAACUUGUAGAAACCUCAGAGAGAUUAAAGACACAAUCCAAAGAAUUGAGGGAUGCCCACCAACAAAGAAAGCUAGCUGUUCAGGAAUUCUCCGAGCUCAGCGAGAGGAUGGGAGACUUGCGGUCGCAAAAGCAGAAGCUGUCCCGGCAACUUCGCGACAAAGAGGAGGAGGUGGAAGUGAGCAUGCAGAAAAUUGAUGCUAUGCGACAGGACAUCCGUAAAUUGGAGAAAAUCAGAAAAGAGCUAGAAGCCCAACUUGAAGAAGUUGCAGCAGAAGCAUCAAAAGAACGCAAACUUCGUGAACACAGUGAGGCCUUCUCCAAACAACUGGAAAAUGAACUGGAAGCUCUGAAGCUGAAGCAGGGAGGCCGGGCAGCAGGUGCCACACUAGAACAUCAGCAGGAGCUUUCCAAAAUGAAGUCUGAGUUGGAAAAGAAAAUCUUAUUUUAUGAAGAGGAGUUGGUCCGGCGAGAGGCAUCACACGUUUUGGAAGUAAAAAAUGUGAAAAAGGAAGUACAUGAUUCAGAGAGCCAUCAGCUCGCACUGCAGAAAGAGAUCAUGAUAUUAAAGGAUAAAUUAGAGAAAACAAAGCGAGAGAGGCACAGUGAAAUGGAGGAAGCGGUAGGAACAAUGAAAGAGAAAUACGAGCGUGAAAGAUCUAUGCUUUUGGAAGAUAACAAAAAGCUAACAACAGAAAAUGAGAGGCUUUGCUCCUUUGUGGACAAAUUAACAGCACAGAACAGGCAGCUAGAAGAUGAGCUCCAAGACCUAGCAGCGAAAAAGGAGUCUGUUGCUCACUGGGAAGCUCAGAUUGCAGAAAUUAUUCAAUGGGUAAGUGAUGAGAAAGAUGCUCGUGGCUAUCUCCAAGCAUUAGCUUCCAAGAUGACAGAAGAACUAGAAUCUUUGAGAAGUUCCAGUUUGGGAUCACGAACGCUGGAUCCACUUUGGAAAGUGCGACGCAGUCAGAAGUUGGAUAUGUCAGCUAGGCUGGAAUUACAGUCUGCCCUAGAUGCCGAAAUUCGUGCCAAACAACUAGUUCAAGAAGAGCUACGAAAAGUGAAAGAUGCAAACAUAUCUUUUGAAAGUAAAUUAAAGGAAUCGGAAGCAAAGAACAGGGAACUGUUGGAAGAGAUGGAAGGUUUAAGGAAAAAAAUAGAAGAAAAAUACAGAACAGAUUCAGGUCUUAAACUUCCAGACUUCCAAGAUUCCAUUUUUGAAUAUUUCAACACAUCUCCUCUUGCACGUGAUCUGACUUUCAGAACGAGUUCUAUUAGUGAGCAGGAAACACAGGGUCCCAAAUCAGAAGUUUCACCAUCUACUUCAGUUGUAACUGCAGAGCAACAACAAGAAUUUUUUGUGAUUCAGGAACCAAUUCCGCUUCAGAGGAUGCCUGCAGCUCCUUCCCCCACCAUUCAAUCCAUUUCUCUAGCUGUACCAAAGCCUAAAGCUCACCAGCUCAAUAUCAAGUCAUUCACAAGCCCUACUCAGUGUAGUCAUUGCACCUCUCUCAUGGUGGGAUUAGUUCGACAAGGUUAUGCCUGUGACGUGUGUUCAUUUGCAUGCCAUGUUUCCUGCAAGGAUAGCGCACCUCAGGUCUGCCCUAUACCCCCUGAGCAAGCGAAAAGGCCUCUUGGAGUAGAUGUGCAAAGAGGAAUAGGAACUGCCUAUAAAGGUUAUGUCAAGGUUCCAAAGCCUACAGGAGUUAAGAAGGGGUGGCAGAGGGCUUAUGCAGUUGUCUGUGACUGUAAACUCUUCUUAUAUGAUGUGCCUGAAGGAAAAUCCACCCAGCCUGGAGUUGUUGCAAGUCAAGUCCUGGAUCUCAGAGAUGAAGAUUUUUGUGUCAGCUCUGUCCUCGCGUCAGAUGUAAUACAUGCAACUCGUAAAGACAUCCCUUGUAUAUUCAGGGUGACAGCUUCUCUCUUAGGUUUGCCGUCAAAGUCUUGUUCUUUACUGAUCCUGACAGAAAAUGAGAAUGAGAAAAGAAAGUGGGUUGGAAUCCUAGAAGGGUUGCAGUCUAUCCUGCACAAAAACAGACUGAAAAACCAGGUCGUGCAUAUUCCACAAGAAGCCUAUGACAGUACACUGCCUCUUAUUAAAGCAAGUUUAGCUGCUGCUAUUGUAGAUCGAGAUAGAAUAGCAAUUGGUUCAGAAGAAGGACUGUAUGUGAUAGAGGUGACCCGUGACGUGAUAGUCCGAGCUGCUGACUGUAAGAAGGUGUACCAGAUAGAGCUUGCUCCCAAAGAGAAAAUCAUCAUCCUCAUCUGUGGUCGGAACCAUCACGUUCACCUCUACCCCUGGGCCUCUCUGGACGGAUCAGAAGGAAACUUCGACAUCAAGCUUGCGGAAACUAAAGGCUGCCAAUUGAUUACAACUGGAACACUAAAGAAGAGUUCUGCAACUUGUUUGUUUGUGGCUAUCAAGCGACAGGUUUUUUGCUAUGAAAUUCACAGAACUAAACCUUUCCACAAAAAAUUCAGUGAAAUUCAGGCUCCAGGAACUGUACAGUGGAUGGCAGUGUUCAAGGACAAGCUCUGUGUUGGCUACCAGUCUGGGUUCUCUCUGUUGACCAUCCAGGGAGAUGGACAAUCUAUAAACCUGGUAAAUCCUAAUGACCCCUCGCUUAUGUUCCUCUCACAGCAGUCUUUUGAUGCCCUUUGUGCUGUGGAGCUCAGUAAUGAGGAAUACCUGCUUUGCUUCAGCCAUAUGGGAGUAUACGUCGAUUCGCAAGGUCGAAGGUCACGCAUGCAGGAACUAAUGUGGCCUGCAACUCCUGUUGCCUGUAGUUGCAAUUCCUCAUAUGUAACAGUGUAUAGCGAGUACGGUGUUGAUGUAUUUGAUGUUAACACUAUGGAAUGGGUUCAGACUAUUGGACUGCGAAGGAUCAGGCCAUUAAACAUGGACGGCACUCUGAACCUCCUGAACUGCGAGCCACCGAGACUUAUAUAUUUCAAGAACAAGUUUGCAGCUGGAGCUGUUCUCAGUGUACCAGAAACGUCUGACAAUAGCAAAAAGCAAAUGCUUCGAACCAGGAGCAAAAGAAGAUUUGUAUUUAAGGUUCCCGAGGAAGAGCGAUUACAACAGAGGCGGGAAAUGCUUAGAGACCCUGAGCUAAGGUCAAAGAUGAUUUCUAACCCAACGAAUUUCAACCACGUGGCACAUAUGGGACCAGGAGAUGGAAUGCAGGUUCUCAUGGAUCUCCCACUGAGUGUCUUACCCGCUGCACAGGAUGAAAAACCAUGUCCAUCUACAGCCAACCUCUCACGGCAGCAGCAGCAGCAGAGAAGCAAAACCUAUAUUUCUUGGCCCUCAUCAAGUGGCAGUGAUGUGGGAGGAGCCACGCCUUCCCGAAGCAUGUCCGAUCCUGACCAGGAGUUUGACAAAGAGCCUGAUUCAGACUCCACCAAACACUCUACUCCAUCCAACAGCUCAAAUCCAAGUGGUCCCCCAAGUCCCAACUCUCCUCAUAGGAAUCAGCUGACGUUAGACGGACUGGACCAGUCAACUUGUGAUGCAUAACACUACAGCUCUCACCGUUCUGGCUUCGACCAUCUACUACUCCAUGGAGCAUUCAAGAGCAGGGCAAAGCUGUCUCAGAUGCUAGUGCCAAGACUGACACUGAAUCUCUAGUGUUGUACAAGAAUAAUUAUAUAUCCAGAUUGUAGAUACAAACUAUUGAAAUGAAGAAAAUUCUUUACUAAAUAGCGAUCAAGCUUUUUAUGCGGAAUUGUUCACCGUUACGGUUGAUUCCUUUCUGCACAGCUGUGACACAGUUGUAUUGCAUAGGAGCAUUUAAGGCCACCAGUAAAUAGUCUUAUUCUUAUGCUGAAAAAGAAAUAGAGAGAGAUACUGAUAAUGUUGCUACAAUAUCAGGAAUAUUAUUUUUCUAUAGAAUGAUGUAAUGUCUCAUUAGCAGGAAAUCCUUUUAGACACAGUUUGGACCUCUGAAUAGGAAAUGCGAGCAGGUCUAGUUACAUCCUCAGAAAAAUACACUUUUCCCUUUUUCCCAUAACAGCUGGUUUCGUAAAUCUUAAGGAGAAUGCUAGGAAGCUGUAGGUUGUUCCCAACAUCGGUAAGAAUCACCAGGAAGUCCAAUAAAAGUUGGUUAUAGUUUUGUGGCCUUUUAAUUCAUUUAGCCAUUACAUAUUCAGCUGCAUAACAGUCUUUCUACCUUUCUACCGACUUUUUAGUCUUGUACAUAGGACUACUACCAGUUAUCUUUUACCCACACCCUGCUUUUUAGUCCUCAUCAGUCAGCCAUUAGUCAGGGCUUUUAAAAUAUUGGUAAUUACUGCUGUGAAGAAAACUUUACUCCUAGUUCCUGCCUAUCUCCUCCUGAGAAGUUGUUUCUCCUGUUUUUUUUUGGUGUAAGGACGCACUACAUUGUUUAGCUAGCAAGCCUUCUUGCGGACACACUGCCCUUGAAGUCUGCUUGACCUAAGGGACUCUAUCACACUAAAACGUCAGUCUGUUUAUUGGUUACCAAAGUGGAAUGUGAAGGAUGUGUAACUGGGGGUGCUGCUUUUCUCAUUAAUUGUAUCCUCACCUGCAUGAAGACCCCAUGAUUAUUAAUCAAGUAUUGAUCAUGUAGAAAAAUGCACAACACACUCCUGUAUAUUUUGCUAUGGCCCACGUGCAGUGGUGAUGUUUUGCGUGUAUAUUUAAUCUCAUGCUUCCAUGUAUUAUACAUUUAGUAAUCAAAGGUUUGUGACCAUGUUUCAUUAAAAGCUUGUAAUUAAUUCAGUGGCUGGCAUAUCCAGUUUGUCAUUGUCACACUAGUGUGCCUUCUGUGCCAAUUUUAUGACAGUUGGAUGUCACUUAUUUAAAAUUUGGUUGAAAUGGGCUAAUGAUAUACCAAUGGCUAAUGUUCUUUUCUGAAACACUGUAUAGGACGUGCACUUAUCUUUAGUUUAAACUGAGUGUUCUAGUCAACAUUUAAUCCUGUUACGUUAAGUGUUCGACAGUACUUGCUCUUUUUCUCAGAUUAUUGAUAAAGGGGCUCAGUUAGAGCUGGACACUACUGCUUUGGGGGGUUUCUGGUUUUUACUUUUUUAAUGUAAGUCUAAGUCUUUGUAAUUAUUGAAUUGUGAGAACAUUUUUGAACAAUUUACCUGUCAAUAAAGCAGAAGAGGGAGGUUUUAAAGUU